CCAAAAAUCCGGGGAAAAAAAAUAUUUAAAACUCGCUCCGCGAGCGCGAAGCGGUCAAACGUUUGGCGCCAAAACGAAUACUUUAGAAGGCUGGUAAACGCCUGCACUGCACCUCGACCAAAACUGAAGAGGAGAGAAAGGCCAAACAAAUUCAAAUGAAUUCAAAGCAUAAUCAAAUUAGGGUUUUGGGUCAGCGCUCUAUUCCUUCUUCAUUCACCUUUCGAUCUUCAAAUCUUGCUAAGAAUUCGAAGGAUGAUUCGCAAAAGAAAGUUUCAAACAAGGAUUUAAGCAUUUCACUCUCUGAUUUCCUUGACCGUAAGCUGCACACAGAUCCCGUACGACCCAAAAUCGUUAAGGGGAAGUUGAGGCCUUUUAUGUCACCUCUGGGUCCUAGAGAUGAUGGUGGGGCUUUUGAUCAUUGGAUUGGGAUAAGAAAAGAAGGGAAAGAAAGGAAUUCUGUAAUUGAUGAAGUGGUUUUUGAGCAGUUUAAGCAUGCCAGUGCAGAGAAAGGAGAUGGUAUAAAUUCAUGUGGUGUUGGCGGCAAUGGUGGUGAAAUAGGAACUUCCGACACACAAUUGGGCAUAGGUUCAUUUCAUGCUGGUGAUUUAGGAACUUCUAACUCAAAUAAUGAUCAAGUAACAAGAAAAAGGAGGAAUCCCUUUGAAGAUGGAGAUGAAAAACAUGCUAUUCGAAAGCAUUCAUUAGUUCUGGGAGGUGAUUCAGAACCCAAGCAAAGAACAAGGUUGAAGAAGUUCAUUAGCAACAAAAAACCAAGACCUUUCUAUAAUCACUAUGCAAAUGGUUGUGGUUGGUGGGACUGUGACAUGGAAGGAGUUGACACUGAAGAAGUAGGAACCGGUGAAAUAUGGGAAGGUGUGGGCUCAACAACAUUUGGAGGAAUUUGAAUGGCACUAAUUUCAUUUCUUUUUGAUGGAUGUUUGAUAGAAACGGGAUUAGAGAACGAAAAAGCUCAAACACAAAUGAUAACUCUCGCGUCAA